UUCUUUUUCCCUUUUACAAAACGCAACCGUCUGAUUGACGUCAAAAACAAACACCGGCCGAAGAAGUUUGAUCAAUAAAAAAAUCAAGGAACUAUAAACACAAAUUCUCAAUACUGGGUUGUCAAUUUUUGAGCAGUUGUAUCCUAAAAAUGGUCCGAGUAACCCAAACGGAAGACGAAAUUAAAAUCGUUAUCGAACUGAAUCGUUUGCUAAGCAGAAGACCGGAUAUUGUGUUAUUGCCGAAAUAUUUGAAAUUCAAUAACCCUCCAAUAUUCUUUGAACGCCAUCUAACAAACGAAAUUGAUGAAGCUGAGAGUUUUUGCAAAAUAUACAAAAGCGAAGCUCGUAUUGUUUUAAUUAAAAAAACAAAAGGACUUUGGCCUGAUGUUUUUCAAAAACUUACCAAAGAAGAACUCUCCCGCAAACGCAUUGAAAUCUCAGACCUCAUCAUCGAAAGGAAUAAGGAAAAGGACAAACAGGCUAUCGAGAGAUAUGAGCAGAAAAAACGAGCUGAAAUCGACAGGGAGAUACGAAGGGAUACGGAAAUAAGAGAACGUGUUAAAACUUUUGAAAGUCAAGAAUGCCGACAAGCAAUGAUGUUGGGUGUGAAAAAGGAAGCAUUCGUUAAGCCCCAUGAUGAGAAAAAAAUUGAAAGGCAAAGAGUGUUAAGUGCAAACAUAGUUAAUUCAAGGCCGAAAAUAAAGCAACCGGUGGAAAUACGUGCAACUGGAAAAAUCAAUUUUAACUUUUCUCAGUUUACUUCAAAGACACCAAAGAGGGAAUCACAGGAUGAGCAGAAUUGCCCUCAAACAAGUAGUUUGGAUUAAUUUUAUUUUUAUACAAAAUACCUUUUUUCCAAUAAAUUUUCCAAAUUUUAUAAUUCGAAA